AUGUGGGCACUUGAACUAGAGAAGUCCGCCACAAGCUCUGCCGGUUACCUUACCCGGACCAAGUCAAAGCAAGGCAAAUCACGACACUUACCAAUUACCAAUUACCAACUACCGGCGACAAAACGGGCGGAAAAAGAAGACUCAAUGGAUGCCAUAGAGCGCUUCCUGUCGAGGCCGACAGCGAAGCCCUACCGAUCCAGCGCCCUCGAGAGAAUCGAGAAGCCACACACAACCCGCGAUGGCCUCCUCGACUUUCACGACGGGGACAUUGAGAACCCCAAGAACUGGUCCGCCCGGCGCCGGUGGUACAUCACCGCCGUGUCGGUGCUGAUGGUCAUCAACGCCACCUUCGCCUCGUCGGGCCCAUCCGGAACCCUGGGGGAUAUGUCGAUUGAGCUUCACGUUUCCGAGGAGGCGGCCGGCCUGGUGAUCAGCUUGUUCCUUCUCGGCUACUGCUUUGGCCCUCUGUUCUGGGCACCGCUGUCGGAGUUCUACGGGCGGAGGUGGAUCUUCUAUAUCUCUUUCACCUUGUACCUCAUCUUCAACUUCCUCUGCGCCUUCGCGCCGAAUUUUGCCGCGCUCCUGAUUGGACGGUUCAUCACGGGCACGAUGGCCAGCGCCCCGCUGUCGAAUGCUCCUGGAGUCCUCGCUGAUAUCUGGGGUCCGGUCGAGCGGGGGAAUGCCAUGGCCUUGUUCUCCAUGAUGACCUUUGUCGGUCCCGCGUUGGGUCCCGUCAUCGGGGGGUUCUUGCAGCUGAAGGAGGACUGGCGGUGGAUCUUUUACGUGCUGCUAUGGUUCGCCGGCCUCACCGAAGUCCUGAUGUUCACCGUGCCCGAGACCCUGGCCCCGAUCGUGCUCUUGAACAAGGCGAGACGUCUCAGGCGUCUCCAAAUCCCGGGUUAUGAGGAUAUCAAGGCUCCAAUCGAGGUGACCGAUCGGUCCCUGGCGGCCAUGUUCAAGGUCGCUCUGACCAGACCCUGGAAGAUCCUCAUCGAUCCCAUCUCGCUCAUGAUUGCCAUCUAUCUGUCAGUCGUGUAUAUGUUAUUAUAUAUGCUUUUCACCGUUUAUCCAAUUAUUUUUCAGCAGAAACGAGGCUGGAACUCGGGCGUUGGCGAGCUGCCUCUGAUCGGGACAGCAAUCGGGGCGGCUCUCGGUGGGUGUCUGAUCUUUGCCAUCUCGGCCCGUGAUCGCAAGAAGCGGGAGGUGGAUCACAAAAAGACUGUCCCCGAGGACCGGCUGCCCGUCGCCAUGGUCGGCGGCGUGCUGUUCCCGGUGACGAUGUUCUGGUUCGCCUGGUCGGGCGAGUACAACAGCGUCCACUGGAUCGUGCCGACGAUCGCCGGAACUUUCCUCGCGACCUCUAUCCUCCUCAUCUUCGUGGCCUACCUCAACUACCUGACCGACUCGUACCUGAUGUUCGCCGCAAGCGCCCUGGCAGCCAAUACCGUCUGUCGUUCAGCUGCCGGAGCCGCGGCUCCACUGUUCACACAGUACAUGUUCGACGCUCUGGGUGUCGGUGGUGGUGGCUCACUGAUUGCCGGAGUCGCCACGUGCCUUGCUCCGAUCCCAUUCAUCUUCUACAAGUACGGCGGGCCGAUCAGAGAACGAUCAAAAUUCGCUCCGACAGCGGGUUCCGAUGAGCGAGAGGACGACCCGCCGGAACGCCAAUCUAGGGAGGCGGCGUCAAGCAGUGAUGACAGCGAUACGGACGAAGAAAAUUCAUCACGUGAAGACGAAGGUCGCGAGGGCGAGAAGAAGGGCGGAGAGGACCCUCAGGAUGGUAGUAGCCAGCUGCAGACGCCUGACCCCGUGCGGCCCAGAUCACAGGACUUGGAUCCGGAUCUCGAGAAGGGAACAGUCUGA